GGCAAUGACGCUAUUCUCCGUUACCAAGGCAUUCUGAAGGCAAACACUAGCUGGAUAGCUAAGCUAGCCAAUCUGCCAGAUAAUCUUAUAGCUAUGAUAUAACCCCCGUUAACCUCUUCACCGAGUUGAAACAUAUGUCUUAUAUAGUUUACUAGAACCCUCGAAUCCAGCAUAUUACCAUUAGCUUCUAGUCAGUUCGCUACGUGGCUUAAAAUUAGAGGCCACCCAUUUUUCUUUUGGAUCAUAUCAGUCUACAAGCUAGCUAACUUAGUAACGUUAACGUUAGCUGCACAGCCACCAUGGCUGAAUUUGGGUUUAAUGAACACCAUCAGAAUGAAGUCAUCAAUUACAUGCGAUUUGCACGUUCAAAGAUGGUCCUGAGACUGAAGACUAUUGACUCAUGCUUUGAAGAACUCAAAGAUAGCAGGCUGGUGGAGGAAACCUUCACAGUGGACGAAGUGAAGGAGAUGCUGGACGGGCUGCAGGCGGUGGUGCGUGGGGAGGUGGAGAUGGAGCUGAUCAACACAGCCCACACCAAUGUGCUGCUGCUCAGGCAGCUCUUCUCCCAGGCUGAGAAGUUUUACCUUCGACUGCAGAGUGAUAUCUCAGAGCUGGAGAACAGGGAGCUGUUAGAACAAGUGGCUGAAUUUGAGAAGACUGACUUUAAAACCGCUAAGAUAAACCAGGAAACAAGCAAGCCCAAGCUACUAGCACCACUGAAUGAAGGUGGGGUGGCUGAACUUCUUAACAAGGAGAUAGCGAGACUACAGGAGGAAAAUGAUAAACUGAAGUCCAGGCUGCGGACUUUAGAAUCCCAGGCAAUGAGUGCACUGGAUGAGAGAACUAAGGCAGAAAGAGCUCUGAAAGACCUUCAGAAGGUGCAAGGUGAACAGCAGCUGGCUGCUCAAUUCCAGGAGCUCAGCAGUCUGGAGGACACAGUAGCAGCUCUGAGGGAGGACUAUGAAAGGUCUCUUAGUGCCAAAUCUGCCUCUCAGAAGGAUCUGCAGGAGAACCUGAUCUCUGCCAAACAUGAGCUUCUGCGAGUGCAGGAGCAGCUGUCGUUGGCAGAGAAGGAGUUGGACAAGAAGUUCCAGCAAACUGCGGCCUACCGCAACAUGAAGGAGAUCCUGACCAAGAAAAAUGAGCAGAUCAAAGAAAUUAGAAAGCGAUUGCAGAGAUAUGAGCCCAAUGAAUGAGUGCUACCCAAGACGGCUGGUUUAACAGGUGUCCAGAGGUUAGGACAGGACCAAAAUGUAUGACUGUGGUUUGGACAAGAAACCAUCAGUUCCACUGCUGUAAGACAAGAGAGACAGAAACAAGCGCUUCCGCAAGGAAUUGUUUAUUCAUGCUUUAUCUGGCAUCUUCAGAAGUUAUUGGCUUUAGUGAAGAGUGUGAGCGGGGAUGUCGGCAGUACACACAACUGAUCACACGAAACACGUAGUGACAAAUGAUAGCCUUCUUCAGCUGUGCUUUUUUUCUACGUCUCAGUUUUGGAGCUCACUUAAAGUAGCUAGCAGACUUCCCUCAGUGCUCUAUGCAAUUAUUAUCAUGUCCCUGUUUGAAGAGGCCUUGUCCAUUUGCUGAAUUGGACAGAUUCGCACUGUCUGCCUGAAGCGUUAGUCUUAUCUAUUGGAUGGUUACAGGUGAUAUUUAGCUUUCUAGCAUUAGGUAAAUGAUUAUUGAUAUUUUUAUCAGUCUUAAUUUUAGCAGCUGAGCUGAGUUAGACCCAAGCAGAUCCCAAGCCAGUUUGUUUGUUAAUAGUGAACAGCUUCAAAUUAAUGUUUCCCGGCCUUCUGAGGUCAAUCCUGCUUUCAUUUGUUACCUAAAGAUUUAAUAGAAUUUCACACAAAAAUAUUUCCAAUGAUCUGACAUUCUGUGAAAGUCUGAUCAUCGAAAAUAUAUCAAAAUGGCUGAAUUAAUUUUUUCUGCCACUGCAUAUUGAAUGAUGUGGAUAGUGCUCUAGAAUGAUUUCCCUACUUCCCUACACAAAGGGCAUAGAAUAUUUUUGUCUGGAAUCUUUAACUGUGUACUUUUCGUAUUGAUGUGGGUGAUGGAGUGUAAGAGAAAAAAACUAAAUGAAUAUAUACAUGAUGUUCAUGAAGUAAUGCUCUUGUAGAGUAUGAUACAUCUACCCUAUAAUACACUAGAUGUGCAUUUGUUUGUAUUGUGCAAAGUAUGGGGAAAUAAAAGCUGUUGAAAAGUAAA